CUAAACCGGAAGCAGGAAAUGUCGUCAGCGUUGACGAGCAAAAUUCAAACUUCUGGAACCAAACAUCCUUGAGAGAAGUGCUUUUCCACCGUAUGUUUUUCCCGACUUUAGGAUUUUUCGUUUGUUUUCCGAAACACUAAGGGACGCGUAUCUUUAGGCCGCUGGGACGAGGAGAAUGCCCGUGGAGAGGACGGAGAAACGCGGAGCCGCAGAGCUCUACCGAUACUAUGAGCUCUACGAGACCAUCGGCUCAGGUGGCUUCGCUAAAGUGAAGCUGGGCCGACACCUGCUGACGGGAGAAAAGGUGGCCAUCAAGAUCAUGAACAAAAAAGAUCUCGGGGAUGACUUGCCACGUGUAAAACUGGAGAUCGAAGCCAUGAGGAAUCUCAGUCAUCAGCAUAUCUGCAGGCUGUACCACGUUAUCGAGACGUCUACGCAGAUCUUCAUGGUGCUCGAGUACUGCCCUGGCGGGGAGUUGUUUGAUUACAUCAUAGCCAAGGACCGACUGUCGGAGCAGGAGACCAGGGUGUUCUUCAGACAGAUCGUGUCGGCGAUGGCCUACGUCCACAGCCAAGGAUACGCACACAGGGACCUAAAACCGGAAAAUCUGUUGAUCGAUGAGGACCAUAACCUGAAGCUCAUAGACUUUGGCCUGUGCGCUAAACCUAAGGGGGGUUUAGGUUAUGAGCUGAUGACGUGCUGCGGCAGCCCUGCGUAUGCUGCUCCUGAGCUCGUUCAAGGCAAAGCGUACAUUGGUUCAGAGGCUGACGUAUGGAGCAUGGGAGUGCUGCUGUUCGCUCUACUCUGUGGAUACCUCCCCUUUGACGACGACAACUGCAUGAUCCUUUACAGAAAGAUUACGAGGGGAACAUAUGAUAACCCGCAGUGGCUCUCACCAGGCAGCGUCCUCCUCCUCAACCAGAUGAUGCAGGUGGAGCCCAAGCGCCGUCUGACAGUCAGACAGCUGUUGGAUCAUCCCUGGGUGACGAAGGACUUCAACAGCCCCGUGGAGUGGCACAGCAAGCAGCCGGUCGACCACAUAGACGAGGACUGCAUCACUGAGAUGGCCGUCAACAUGAAGCGGUCCAGAGAGAGCACCACGGCGCUGGUCAAAGAGUGGAAGUACGACCAUAUUACAGCCACCUACCUGCUGCUGCUGUCAAAGAAGCAGAAGGGGAAGCCCAUUCGUCUUCGCCCGGAGUCAGCCCUCUGUGCGGACUCUCCUCUGCACCAAGGACUGCAGAAAAGAGAGACACUUUACUUCAGUGAAGACGAAGACGCUGUCAUUAUUGGGUCUUUGGACCUUUGCUCAAACUACAUUGAUGAUUGUCCAUGGGUGUCAGUUGAGCAGUACACACCGCAGGCGGGCAGAAGUCGGCAAGACGGAAACAAAGAGAUGAAACUGAUUUCACCAUUGGUGGACAAAAGAGACGCCUGCAGCCCGGCAGCAGGGAGGACGGCGACGCCGCAACGCCGUGAGAGGAGGCAGCGGGAUCAGGAGCAAGCCAGUGAGAACAAGGAGAACGUUCCUGACGAGAAAGGAGUUGAAGCGUUCGCGUUGCCUCCGCCCCGGACCCCCGCGUCCAGCAAGAAGAACGCACGCCUCAAGAACACGCUGAACACACCCAAUCAAAACGCCAACAACAAUGGCACCAAAGCCAGUGUGGCCACACCUAAAGUCGGUGGCGAGGGCGCAUCCAAGGAGCCCAGCAAGAAGAGAGCUGCUGAGCAUAAGGACGCUGCAAACCUGGACGUGUUGGCCUUCAGUCCAGAGCGAAGGUCCAGGUCUCUGGACAUGGCUGUGACGGGAGACAGCGGGAAGAAGAAGCGAGCGGGGAAGAUGUUUGGCUCCCUGGAAAGAGGCCUGGACAAGGUCAUCACCAUGCUCACGCCAAGUAAAAGACGAGCUAUGCGAGACGCUCCAAGGAAGAUUAAGGCUCAAUAUAACGUGACCCUGACCAGUGAGACCAGUCCGGAUCAGGUGUUGAACCAGAUCCUCUCCGCCCUGCCCGAGAAAAAUGUCCACUUCACACAGAAAGGGUACACCCUGAAGUGUAAGGCCUGGGAUGCCUUUGGGAAGGUGACGGUGGUGUUCGAGCUGGAGGUGUGCCUGCUGCAGAGGCCAGAGGUCGUCGGCGUGCGGCGGCAGAGGCUGAAGGGAGACGCGUGGGUUUACAAGCAUCUGGUGCAGGACAUCCUCGCUUCAUCCAGCAUCUAAGCAGCGUUUUAGCUGCUCUGCUGCCUGCCGGGGACACAAAAAACUGCAAAUAGUUAAACAGUGUUGGAAAUAUGGAUUCAGAGGAAGAUAUGUGUGGGUCAGCCACGUCAUGGCUGCUUUGUGUGUCUUUUUAUCGUAUGUAGAACUUUCCUCUGUAUAAUUCUUAACAAAUAAAAGGAUUUCUAUCAGUUGUCUUGAUGUAUGUAAAUCAGAGCUUCACCUCCCUGCUGUCUUUUAACAUGUUUUACUUUUCAAACCCCUGAAAGUGCAACUUUUCACGGAGCAUUACUAAUUUGCCAUCCUUCUUUCUUUUUAAUGUGCGUUUUGGUUACAGUUGUUUCCACGUUUUUACAGUGUUAUACAGCAAGUGUCUUGUUUUAUUUCCGUGUCCUCUGUCAUUCUCUCUGUGAUAAAAAUAAAAAUACGUUCUGUUUACUGACA